UAAAAAAAAAAACUAGGAAAUGGCUUACUCUGCGUUUACUCUGUUGCGAUGAUGAUUAUCUGGAACUUGGGAGAUAUGUAGGAAUUGCUUGCUGAAAACCAGGAACUUACGUUUGAUUUAAGGUCUGUUGAAAAUAAUGUCCAGCAGAAAGUCCAAAAAAAGAAUUGGGUCAACGCGACAGCGCCACCAAGGGUAUAAGGCAGAAGAGAGGGGAGCUAAUGAAGAACUUCAAGAGGUCUCCACUGCCCAACACCUGCAACUAUCAAACUCAUCUGAAAUGCCCACAUGCCAGCUUGAUUUUGUGCCUGAGAACAUAGAGGGUAGCCAACAUGAUCCAGGCAAAACAAACUCAGAAAACUUUGAAACUGGAGCACUGGCUGACAUUUCUGAGGCAGAAACAAGUACUUCUGGGAAGAAAAGGAGAAUGGGUUCUACUCGAAGAGCCAAGCAAGGAUUGCAAGCUGAAGAGAGAAAAGAGCAGGAGGAGGUUAAGAGCAUGCAGAUAGUACAGGAAGAAUUUAAUGUCACAGAAACAGAGGAUCAGUAUUUUAAAGAAUAUUCAGAUGCAGGCCAGGCUCAGACACAGAUGCCGGAAUUAGGUGGCAGUGAAGUUAAGGAUCUGGGAACUGGGGAUGAGUCUCCAAAUGAACGACAAAGCUGUUGUCAGAGCUGGAACUCAAAACAGAGACAGAGGCCUGCAGUACAGAAAUCCCCUCUCCUCCAGUGUCCUUUAUUCAAAGUCCCACACCAGUAGCAAAUCCACCUGUGUGUGUCACAGGCACCCAUCCAGAAGAGGGGGAAACUUCACACAAACAAGAUGAACAAUCAUGCUUCAAUAUGUUUGAGGUCAAGGAGAUCUGUUCUGAUGACAGGCCACUUCAAAAUACACCUCGAGGACUUUCUGAUCAGCAGAGAGAUGAAAGUGCUGAAGAUGUAGGUAAAAGUGAAGAACAAAGGGGGGCAAAAGAGGUCCAUUUGGAGGGUAGUUUAAACCAAGAAAUAAUAAUGGAAAUUGAAAAAGUAGAUGGUGAGCCUGUCAGUGAAUUGGAGGUGGAAUGGGCUGGCAUCCAAGAUUUUUCAUUACAAAUGCAACAUAUGACACAGAAAAGUGCAUUUUCAUCAACAAUGGAAAACAUUUCAACGGUUAAAGAAAAUUCACAGAUCUUCCAUCCUAGCGAUGCCAAUAUUGAUGGCACAGUAAUGGAAGGUUACAACAAGUUUGGAAAUCAAAACAUCACAGAAAAUGAACAAACCAGCUCUAUUAAUGUUUCACAAGAAGAGGAUAAAAACUCAGAACAUAAUGUUCAAAAGCUUAAGAAAAGAAUGGGGUCAACCCGUAGACCACUCAAAGCAAUCAAACUGAAAGAGGACAUUGGAAACAGCCAGGUGGGAACACAGGAUAACACAUUGCAAGAGGAAAUGUCUGUCAAAGAGGACACACAGUUCAGAGAAAUGGCUGUAUUUAAUGAUAAGUUAGAGAUGGUCUUUACUGUCAAUGUGAGAGGGGGAGAGUUAGAAGGAACAGGUGAUGAGUUUGAGGAACAUACUGCCAUGGCUACAGACGCAUUCCCCUCAACAGAGAAUAUAACAGAUGGCAUUGGGACAAGCACCAGAAGUAGUCAUCUCAUCAUGGAAGGGGAAGGUGCAGAAAUACUACAUCCAGGAGUAUUAGGGGAACAAAUAAGUGAACAUCUGUCAUACCAUGCACUAGAUGAAGAGACACUGCAGAUAGUGGACCAAAGGCAAUUCACUGAGAAUACAAAUCUUACCCCAGAAUUCACUACCCAAUAUGUUGACCAGCUCCAGCAGCAUGGUGAGAUAAAUUCAGAAAACAGUCUAGAGACACCUGAACACCAAGAAAGGCAAUCCAGUACAAGCAUGGAAGUAUCAGAACAGACAGAAGUUGAGAAUAAGUUAUCAUCUCCUUCAGAUGAUUCCAGUCCAGAUUCUGCAGGGAUCACAAUAGAGGACAUAGACGUCACUGAGAAAACUGAGUCUUUUUCUUCUCAGAUAGGUUUUGAGACUGUCAGUGAGGCUUCUGGUCAUUCAGAACAAGAACAUCAGUUGUCAUCUCCGACACCACAUAACAUUCCAGAGAACACAGUUGCCCAACUGAAUGUUCAUGCAGAGAGCUUUAGCUCUGAGAUGUGCAGCCCUGAUGUCCAACACAGUGAGGAAGCAGAACAAGGAACACAGGUUCACAUUCUUAGUUCAACCAUGGAUUCAGAAGUACCACAUAUCAGCACAGAUGUUCCUGACUUUUAUCAUUCACUUAAUGUGGAAAGCACAGACCCAUCGGAAACAAGCACAUUGUCUGACCACUCUCAGUCCUCCCUCAAACUUCAACAUCAAGAGGAAGAAGAGAGUGUGCAACAGGAUGCCUCAUGGCAGAAGAGGAGAAUGGGGUCAACCCGUAGGCCAAAAAAGAGAACAGAAAAAGGAAGCGACAUGUGGAGCCAUGAGUACAGAUGACGUCAAUGAGGACAUGAACAUGAAUGCAGAUACGGAGAUCACAGUUGCCCCACUGAAUGUUCAUGCAGAGAGUUCUAGCACUGAGAUGCUCAGCCCCAAUGUCCAACACUGUGAGGAAGCAGAACAAGGAACACAGGCUCACAUUCUCAGCUCCACAAUGGAAUCAGAAGUGCCAAAUAUCAGCACAGAUAUUCCUGCCUUUUCUCAUUCAUUUCAUGUGGAAAGCACAGACCCAUCAGAAACAAGCACAUUGUCUAGCCACUCAGAAUCCUCCUUCAAACUUCAACAUCAAGAGGAAGAGGGAAGUGUACAGGGUACCUCAAGGCAGAAGAGGAGGAUGGGGUCAACCCGCAGGACAAAGAGAGAACAGAAAAGGGAAGAGCCAUGUGGAGCCAUGAGUACAGAUGAUGUCAAAGAGGACAUGAACAUGAAUGCAGAUACGGAGAUCACAGUUGCCCCACUGAAUGUUCAUGCAGAGAGUUCUAGCCCUGAGAUGCUCAGCCCUGAUGUCCAACACAGUGAGGAAGUAGAACAAGGAACAAAUGCUCACAUAGAUGGUAAUUACCUAGAAGAUAACAAUGAGAUGUCCAUUAUGGAAAAGGAAACAGAGGCCAUCACAACAGUGGGAGCAGACCAAUUCAGUGAAGCAUUUAUGAGAGAAGAUGUUGAACAACUGAAAAAGCAUGAGGAAGAGCAGUCAGAAAAGAGUCAGGAAUCCCUAGCUGACCUGAAGAAGGAAAACAGAAUAAGCACAGAGUUAUCAGAACAAGCAGAAGUUGAGAGUAAGCUAUCAUAUAUUACCGAAGAUCUCAGUCCAGACACUAUAGUAGAGGGCAUGGUUACCACGGAAUCUCCAUCUGAAUCUCACACAUGUAUGGAGAGCUCCAUCAUGGAAGAAUUAAGAGCAGCGUCUGAUCACUGGGAAUCCACCGUCAGACUUCAGCCUCAUGAAAAGGAGGGGGAUUUAAAUCAGGAUGUGUCGAGGAACAAGAGAAAGAUGGGGUCAACUCGUAGACAGAAAAGGAAAAGUAAUGAAGUACAUUUGGAUGGAACAAGAUCUUCACAUGAAACUGAGGUGAUGACUGGGAUGGUCACUGAAACUGAUAUUGAGGUGCAGCAGGAAGAAAAUCUCCAAUCAGAGGAAAUAUCAUCCAGUGAAAACAUGCAAGCAGCUUGUCUAAACACAAUUCUUGUAGGAUGUAAUGAAUGUCUAAUGAAAUAUGCAAGUAAAGAGACAGUGGAUGAACCAAAUAAACAAGAUCUAAGCAGUCAAGAGUCAGAAAAGGAAAAAGGAGAGAAGGACAUUUUAAUGAUCCUGGAAGGUAAGGUAGAGGAUCAAAGGGAGGUUGACUUGGGUCCACCUGAAACCCAUAGAGCAGUUCAGUGUGACACAACAGUUGAAGGACAGGGAAGGAUUCUAGAACAAAUCCAAGAUAAAGUUACUGAAACAAGUGUUUCUGCUUCCCAAUAUCCACAAACUGAAGAAAGUCCUGGCUUGAAACGGAGGAGAAAGUUAGGCUCAACAAGAAGGAGCCAACAUGAAAAGACGGAGAGAAAAUAUGUUGUCAUGGAUGGGAUGCUCAUUCACACAGACACAGAGACAAGUCCUUGUCUGGACAGUAAAUCAGUGGAAGUAAAAGAUGAGGAAGAGAGGAAAAUCCAUGAUAUUGAGGAAAACACAGAGGCAAUGUCUUCUAUUUUUGGAAAUACAAUAGUUACACCUUCUACACCAGAAUCACUCGAAACAGAUCAGGAGAGAAGCAACAAUGCCAUUCAUAGUAAAGAUGAAGGAAUUAAGAAAGAACAGUGCAUUUUGGCCCCAACUAUUACCACAGCAGAGCAGCCACCUUUGGAGAAUAUAGCCGGCAAUGACUAUUACUCAGCUCAUGGAGACACUCUGGCUGUGAACAGUAAGACACCACCUGCUAAUUCACCCUCUUGCAAAAACACACUUAAGUUAUGUCCACUGGAAAAUUCGGAUUCCUCAGAAGAGAGUAAACCACAAAAGAAGAGAAUGGGAUCUAGUCGUAAAAUAUCCCAACGUCAACAUAAGAAUAAGAAUAGCAGUCAUAGUGAGGCAGAUGUAAAGAAUGGGGAUUUGGAUAGUGUGACUAACACAGUUACACAACCAAUUCAGCAGGUCACUGGUGAUGUAGAUUUAUGUGCUGAACAUAGUGGAGGACUAGAGGGUGCACAUAAUUAUAAAUGGACAGACACCCAUCAGAGUAAAUGUUCUGAACCUGCCAGUGGGGCCUGUAACCACCCUGAGGACCAUUUAAUCCCGGAGAUGUAUGUUCAGUCACCCUUGGGACAAAUUGAGAUUUCGGAAUCAAGUGGGACUACAGCAGCUGAGACAAGCUCCGGAAACCUCUGUGAGGAUGACAGUCAGAAGGAACCCAAAUCUAUGCUCCAAAAAAGAAAGAUGGGCUCUUCUCGUAGAGGUCAAGGUCUGAGAAACAGAGCGAAACAGGCUGCAAAUGUAGACGAGCACGUGGAUGACAUCAGCACCUCGAAACAAGACGGGGAUGAUACAGCUCUUCCGAAUACAGAAGACUUGUCAAUGGAGGGUGAACAGUUACUCAUUACUUCUGUUCAAACAAGCAAGAGUAACCUACAGCCACUGGCUCAGGCAGAAAGGCCUGAUGAGUUCAUUGAUGAGCGAGUUUUACCUGCAUCUGCUCAAUGCAGGACAUCAGUCCACAGUGCAUCCUCAUCACCUUCAUCUAAGCUGCAAGAGGAUAACCCAUCCAUAGAUCCACAAAGCACCACGAAAAAAAAGAAAAUGGGAUCAACUCGCAAGAACAUGAAGAGACAAGGGGAAGAUGAAAAAAGCGGCCUAAAGAGAGACCAAGGAAAUGCAGAAAGAUGUAAUGUGAUUGAUGACAUGGGAGAUCUGACUGGGCCAACUGAGAGAGUUACAAUCCAGAAAGUGACUGAAACAGGGGAGUCAGAAGAGACCCUACCACAAGAUGAGGGUACUGGACAUGGCUCUGCUGGCCACAAGGAGGCGCCAGAAGGCACAAGGAGGAAGGUGGGCUCCAGGCGUGGUGGUCAGGGCUGCAGAGGGGCCGUGGGGGGACCUGAGGACCAACCUGUUAGCCAGGCCCCUGAAAAUGAUAGCAGUGUGUUGCAGAACAUUCAGGAAAAUGUCCAUAGUGAGGGCCUUUCUAAACUGGUCUUAGCUGGUGAGGGGCAAUUUCAGAAGGUGGAACAACCGCCUUCAGGAGCAAGAAGCAAAUCAGACUUAGAUAGAAAGUAUGGGCAAGACAACACUCUUACAUCUCUGGAAGAGGCUGUUAUGUUUAAUGUAGUGAUGGUUGGAGACAGUAGCGUGGGGAAGACAUCUUUUAUCCGCCGAUUCCAGAGUGGACAGUUUAUUGAUGAUCACUCUGCCACCAUUGGUAUUGAUACAUUCACCCAGACAUUGGCUGUGGAUGGUGAAUUGGUAAAACUUCAGAUAUGGGACACUGCUGGUCAGGAAAGGUUUCAUAGCAUCACCCAUAAUGUGUUACAUAAGGCUCAGGGACUCAUCCUGAUGUAUGACAUUUCAUCCUGUCAGACCUUUAGUGCUGUUCGCAAAUGGAUUACCUGCAUUGAGGAAGGGGCUCCAAGUGAGGUCAUCAUCUUGCUUCUUGGGAACAAGAAUGAUAGUGAAGAUCGGGAAGUUCUGCACCCAGAAGGCGAACGGUUGGCUCAGGAAUACAACAUCCAUUUCAUGGAAUGCAGUGCUGUAACUGGCUACAACGUUUCACAGUCCAUAGAGAGUCUGGCCAGGUUAUUGAAGCAGACAGUGAAAGAGAGUGGUCAAGGCUAUGUGACACUGCACCAGAAGCCCCCACAGAAGAAGUCAGGCUGCUGCUGAGGCCUUAUUCUUUUCAUCAUGUCUUAUAUUCGAUUCAUGUAAACCUAUAUACACAUUACUUGCCUACUUUAGCUUAUACAUUGUACUUAUACAUGUAACAGAAAUUACAUUUAUUUUAAAUAAAAAAAAAACCUUUGCACAGUAAAAUAAAA